ACGAAAAAAAGUGAAUUAUAUCAUCAUUACAUAGCAAUUUCGACCCACAUAACCGUUACUCCCCAACGGGUCAAUAACCCGGCAACAAAUUUCAAAUGAUCUGAAAAAGCGUCGCACACCAAAAAAAGGCAAAAUUCCACCCAACACCUUUUCACUUUACCUUUAACAAAUUUCCCCAUAUCUCAUCACAUUAUCACACUAAUACUAUACAACCUUAUUAAUUCUUCAAGAGACAUUUCUCAUCAAAUUUUCUCGAAACUCAAAAAUGGGUUCUUGCAUUAGCAAAUGCAAACCUAAGAAGAAAGCCAAGCAUGAAGAUCCAAUUCCAAGCGGCCGCCAUCAUGUCCUCGUAAUCUCAAGAGAUCCGCCUCCCGAAAUUACCAUAAUGCCCCCACACAAGCCCUUCUCUCCAGCCCCGUCCACUUCUUCCGCAGCUUCUUUUUCGUCAUUUUCAUGCUCCGCCACCAGCAAAUAUUCCGCCGCCAUGGCGGCUUCGUCGGUAUCAUCGUCAUCUUCGUCGCUGUCGUCGUCUUCUUAUUCUACUUGUGCAUUGAGAGACCGUUCUUUCUCAAACGAAUUCCUUCGGUCUUGCGCCAAGGAGAUUCCACACGUGGUUAACGUGGAGAAAACGGCGUCAUUUCCUAACAAGAUUCCUUCUCAGAAUCUCGAUCCGUUAACGACAAAGUUGGCGCCGACGCCUAAGAAACGGGCGCGUGCGUCUUCGCCGACUCUAGUUAGGCAGAAGAGCUUCAGAAAAGAGCAGAAUUCGCCUAACAGAGGGCUGCGGUCGCCUUCUCCCAGCCGGAGAUUCAACGGCGACGGUAACAGAAUCUUUCCGGUUCAGGAAAGUUAUUACCGGAAACCUGUUGUGUCCAGAGGGAAUAAUGCUCCCAAAAGGGAAAGUUUUCGAGCUCCGUCACCGGCAAGGACUCCGAAGCGCGAAUUGAGCAUUGCUCCGAAAACGGAAAGUUUUCGAGCUCCGGCACCGGCGAUUCCGAAGCGCGAAUUGAGCAUCAGCCGUGAGUAUUCGGUGAGGAAAAGUGAUGCAUUUAGUAGUAAGAUUGAUGGUCGAGAAGUAGAUGUUGUGAUGGAGGAUAUUAAUAAUCCUCUCAUUGCGUUGGAUUGCUUCAUUUUUCUCUGAUUUUGUGUUAGGUUUUUGCAUGGAUUUUGUGUGGUGUCAUCAUUUUGUGUUUGUUUAUAGACUUUCUUUUUCUUUUUUUUUGCAAUUUUGUGUAUUUUUAUUGUUAUUAAUUUUUUUUUAAAUUUUUUUGGGGGAUAAUUUUUGUAUGUUCCAAGCUCAUGAAUAGUUCUCUUUCCUUUUAUAUUCUUUUAAUCAUUGAUUUCAUGAAUUGUAAGUGUUUGAAAUAAUAGAGGUUUAAUAAUAUUGUUAUGUUUAUGAUGAGCUUAAUUUGAUCUA